GUUUGGUUUGAUCCACAACGAGACAAGCGAGCCAGCCGAUACGAAAAAGGGAUCCUGCUUGUCCGCGUUUCCUGGCAACCGAGUAUAAAAGCAGUUUCCCUCCUUUUUGUUGACCCUGCGACCACAAAGCUUGGGAGAGCACCCUACUUUAUUUUCUUUCUAAAACAAAUCUUGUGUUUACGUAAAUUUGAUUUCAAAAUGGCCGAAGCUGCACAAAAACUAUACGACCUUCUGAAAGCUGACGCCAACUGCAAGUCUCUUCUAGCUAAAAAUCUUACCCAGGAGCGCUUUGACCUGCUGAAAGAUAAGACAACCAAAUUUGGCGGCACCCUUGCCGACUGCAUCCGCUCAGGAUGUGAAAACACUGACUCUGGCGUUGGAGUGUACGCCUCUGACCCCGAUGCAUACACCGUGUUUGCUCCCUUGCUGGACGCCGUCAUCAAGGAUUACCACAAGGUCAGCGAGCUGAACCACCCCAACCCAGACUUUGGUGAUGUGGACAAGCUCGACUUCGGCGAUCUUGACCCCGAAGGUAACCUGAUCGUGUCCACCCGUGUCCGCGUUGGUCGCAGCCAUGACAGCUAUGGAUUCCCCCCUGUAUUGAAAUUGGAGGAUCGUGUUGAAAUGGAAAAGAAAACAGUUGAAGCCUUGAACAAACUCGAGGGCGAGCUCAAGGGUACCUACUACCCACUUACUGGCAUGACCAAGGAAACCCAGAAACAGUUGACAGAUGACCACUUCCUGUUCAAUGACAGUGACAGAUUCUUGAGGGCAGCUGGAGGCUACAAUGACUGGCCCACUGGUCGUGGAAUCUUCUUCAAUGACAACAAAACCUUCUUGGUCUGGGUCAAUGAGGAGGACCACCUUAGAUUUAUCUCUAUGCAAAAGGGAGGCAACCUGAAAGAAGUAUACGUCAGACUAGUCAAGGCUAUUAAAGCCUUAGAGAGCAGUGGAUUGUCAUUUGCCAAGCGUGAAGGUUUGGGCUAUUUGACAUUCUGUCCCUCUAACUUGGGUACCACCCUGAGAGCAUCUGUCCAUAUCAAGAUCCCCAAACUAUCACAGACACCAGACUUCAAGGCAUUCUGUGACAAAUAUAACAUUCAAGCCAGAGGUAUUCACGGUGAGCACACAGAGUCUGUAGGUGGCGUCUACGACAUCUCCAACAAGAGGAGGCUAGGACUGACAGAGAUCCAGGCCAUCCAGGAAAUGCGCAGAGGUGUGGAGGCUGUCAUUGCUGAAGAGAAGAAAUUGGGCGGCUGAGCCUUCAAACUUGUGAUAACAAGCAAAGUUAACUAACACUAAGACCUAAACAACAAAACCCACAAUGAUGAUUCCCCUUUCCUGUGUUAUUAAUUUAUUUUUCAUCGGUUGUCUGCCCUUGCCUAGAAAAAAAAUGUAUAUUAAAUAUAUAUACAUUUGUAAUAGCUAAUACAAAACCAAAUAUUAAUUUUUUAUGUAAUAAAUAGUUUAACUUAUUUUUAGAGCUAUAUUUGAAAAAAUCCCUUCUUGUUGGUCACUGUUUUUUAGUGUGUUGAAAGAUGAUAUACAAGUUAAAAUAAAGUGCAUACUUGAAAACUUUUAAAUCAAUUUCUAUCACACAUUAGAAAGACUUCUGGCAUUGAAGGUGAUUUUUUUCUCUGUGUAGACUCAGAUGUAUAUUAGCUGCUAAGAUUAUCACUGGAAUAAGGAUGACCUCCGCCAGUGAUAAUUUGAUUGUAUAACCUAUAAAUUGACGAAUCAUUAUUCAACGAAGCUGUGAGACGAUCAGUAUUAUAGUUUUGUUAUUUGUGAUAUAUAUAUAUUUUUUAAUAAAAAAAAUAUUUUUAAACAUAGUUUUUAAAGACGCCAAAAACAUGUUUCAAACUGUUUUUUUUUUAAUGACUAUAAAAACUGAGGUUGUAUUCAACAUUUGAUGUGUGAUUUAUUUUUAGACUUCUAGACUGUUGUCAAACUAAAGAAAAGAGCUGUACAAGUUUCAUGAACUGUUUUCAACUAUUGUGUUAUUAAAUUUUUAUAUUCACACUGA